AUGGAAAGAAUCAAUGAUUCUGUGUUGACAGAAUUUGUCUUGGUGGGGCUUUCUGCCCACCCAAAACUCCAGACAGUUUUCUUUGUGCUAGUUUUGUGGAUGUACGUGAUAAUCCUGCUUGGAAAUGGAGUCCUCAUCUCAGUGAUCAUCUAUGAUUUUCACCUACACACCCCUAUGUAUUUCUUCCUCUGUAAUCUUUCCUUCCUGGACAUUUGCUACACAAGUUCUUCUGUCCCACUGAUUCUUGACAGCUUUCUGACUUUAAGGAAAAAAGUUUCCUUCCCUGGGUGCAUGGUGCAAAUGUUCCUCUCCUUUGCCAUGGGAGCCACAGAAUGUGUACUUCUAGGCGUGAUGGCACUUGACCGCUAUGUGGCCAUCUGCUAUCCACUGAGGUACUCUGCCAUCAUGACCAAAGGUGUCUAUGUGCCCAUGGCAGCUGGAUCAUGGGUCACUGGACUUGUUGACUCCAUGAUACAGACAUGUCUAGCAAUACAAUUACCGUUUUGUACUAAUAAUGUCAUUCACCAUUUUGUCUGUGAAAUUCUGGCUGUAUUGAAACUGGCCUGUGCUGAUAUUUCAAUCAAUGUGAUCAGCAUGGCAGGGUCAAAUCUGAUUGUCCUAGUUAUUCCACUGCUAGUUAUUUUGAUCUCUUACAUUUUUAUUGUUGCUACCAUUCUGAGGAUCCCUUCCACUGAGGGAAAACGUAAGGCCUUCUCCACCUGCUCAGCCCACCUGACAGUGGUGAUUAUAUUCUAUGGAACCAUCUUCUUCAUGUAUGCAAAGCCCAAGGCUAAAACUUCCACUAGUACAGAUAAUCAAGACAUCAUUGAGGCUCUCAUCUCCCUCUUCUAUGGAGUAAUGACCCCCAUGCUCAAUCCUCUCAUCUAUAGUCUGAGGAACAAGGAUGUAAAGGCUGCUGUUAAGAAUAUGCUGAGUAGGAAAAAUUUCUGAUGAA